AUGAAGCGCCUCAAGGCCCUGAGCCACGGCGAUUUCGAGGUCAUCCUCUCUGGCGGCGAGGCCAAGGAAAAGACGAGCGUGAUCAUCAUCGUGCAGAGGGAGGAGGGCACUGCUGAGGACUCUUUCAGGCUGACCCUCGUAAACCGCAGCCCAGCGCAGAGAAGCGAGGGGGACGACGGCCUGAUCUACCACCCGUACUUCCUCGACAGCAGCCUGCAGGUGCUCCGCAAGACGGUGCUGACGUUCCAGGGCAUCCCCGGCGCCAAGAUCAUCGACGAGGCCGUGCUCUACGAGCUCAUGAAAGAGAUGAGCCUCAUGGCGAAGCCAGGAGACGGCCUCCGCUACAUCUACGAGGUGAUUAUGCCGCACCUCGCAGGCCGCACCCGCCUCAGCGAGUGUGCGGAGAUGGCCGAGGCUCGGCAGCUCGACCUGAGCGGCGCCGCGCCCCCGGAGUUCGAGGCGAGCCUGAGCACCGAGCAGCCCGUCGAGCGUCGCUGGAAGACGCUGGAGAGGGCCGUGGCGCACAUGCUCAGCGCGUGCGGUGCCACCAACGAGGAGGUCGGGCAGGUGCUGCUGGAGAUGGACCUAAUCGGAGCCAGCCGCCUUCGCGACGACAUGGAGCUGCGGAGGUCCGAGUUCCAGUCGGGCGUCAGCACGAUCAUCAAGGAGUACUGCAGGUACAUCAGGAUAGGCGCGAGCCAGGGCUUCCGCAGCUGCUGCGGUGGCGGGAAGGCCCAGGAGCUGAUCGACAUCCUGGACCAGAUGGAGGCGCAGUCUGACAGGAUCGUCACGACCGUGGAUCACAUCGUGCCGCCGGUCCUGGAGCUCUGGGGCGGGGCGAAGACCGCGAGCAACCCGUGGGUGCUGAACGGGAUGUGCCAGCGCGCCUGGACCGACGAGUGGGCCGGCCCGGUCAUGGAGACCGGCUCGGGCUCGUUCGUGGACAUGCAGCUGACGCUGCCGGAGGACGCGGCCAAGACCCCCGAGGUGCUCGUCACGGAGCUCAUCCACGCAUGCGCGGCCAAGUGCGUCCACCUGGAGAGCAAGGGCCACAUCAUGGGCCUGAGGAGCAUGAUGCUCCGGGUGGCGGCAAUCGUGGAGCACUGCUUCCUGGAGCGGCUGCGAGAUCUGCCGCAGCCGCCCGGCGACCCCGUCAUGCUCGAGGACGUCCCCCAGCACGCCCUCCGCAGGGGCGACGAGGUGAGGGUUGUGAAGCGCCAGGGCAAGACGCUGCGCAUCCAGAGGCGGUCCGGCGGAGACGCGGUGGACGUGCCUGCCGGUGCCGUGGGCGACGACCCGGAGAAGUGUGUCUACCGCCGGCUCUGGACGGGGCAGCGGCACCAGACGCUCCAGAACCGCAUGCUGCAGGACCUCCACAUCAUCUCCGCUCAUUACGCCAUGGCGGUUCUCUCGGGGGGGGGUCGGAGGUGCUACCUGGGCGACGGCGUCCUGGCAAGGACAGCGACUACGUUCUUGACCAUCCUCUGCGUGAUGGACGCGUCUCUACGAGCGAAGUCCCCCAACAACCUUCUCCUCGCCGACAUUCUCCGCGGCAACGUACUCGAGGACCCAGCUAUCAAGAAUCCCGAGUUCAGGGCUUGCGUGCCGCUCGGAUUCUCGACCUCCACCUUGUCGGGCGUCGACGUUACGCUGCUGAUGUCCAAUCUGGAGAGCUGCAACCCAGACGUCCUAAGGUGCCGCGCGAAGGUGCUGGCGUAUAUCCAGGUGGUGGAGAAGCUUGCACGGCCCCCCAAACCAGGCUUCAUCGACAACGAUCAGAGCAAGCCGGAGGGGCCCUGGUUGCUUUGCGACUGGAAGCCCGAUCGGGAGUUCACCGCGGACGAGCCGAAGUGCAUCUUCUACCCCAGCCUGGCGCAGGAGCUCCAGCUGAACAGGUACAGGCCGGCCACGGACGUCAACCUGCCGGUGGCGAUGUCCGACAGCGGCAAGAGGGACGACGUCACCCUGUGCAUGUUGCUGGCGUGCGUGUGCCAGUACAUACCCAACCCCAAGGAGGCCAAGCCGGACAGGCCCAAAUACCUUGGGGACCUGGAUGACUUCGGUGGCUCGCAGGUGGGGCCCAUGGCGGGCCCAGGGAUGGUGCGCGCCGUGGCGCGAGAGGAUCGAGACGAGAGCGCGCAGGGCUGGAUGUGGCACAGGUGGAAGAAGAACGAGGAGGUGCACAUGGCCUGCGAGGUGGUCUGGAUGUGCCGGGCCGUUCUGGAGGACUGCCUCGUCCUCAACUUCGCGGGCCAGGAGGAGGGCCUGAAGAGCCACUCCGACAAGAUCAAGACGGCCUACACGCCCAACCUGAUCUUGCCCAAGUGGCUGCCCGUCGAGGGGGAGAUGGGAGACCCCAGACGACUGGCCGUCGCCUUCGGGAACCUCAAUGCCAGUGAGACCAGCGACGGCAAGCAGUGCGCAUGUGGGCUGCCCAGCGACGACACCAUCCAGAAAGGGGCCACCAGCGUGUUCGAGGAGCUGGCGAUGGGCGUGAUCGGGUCAAAGGACGACCUGGAGGAGCCACCAGAGAAGGAGGCAGAGCCUGACCAGGAGGAGGCCGAAGACGUCGAAGGGGAGAUCGCGGCCCAGAAGCCUGCCCGAGUCCGGCUGCUGUCGCGACCGAAGCCCCUCAACGAGCAUGACGUGCUCACUUGCGACCAGGAUGGACUGAAUAGGUACGACAACCAGCUGUCGAUCGAGGAGGCAGAGCAUGUGCACUGCAUCCUGACAACGCCGAGAUUGUGCAUCCCAUUGCUCGUGCAGUGGUUCGGGCAAGACCGGCACGGCAAGCUCCUGCAAGACGACUUGCGAAACGUCUUUCACAGGGCCUUGUUCGAGCCAGGGGAGUUCCUCACGGAGAAGGACCAGGCCGCUGUCUUCGGUGCCGCUGGCCAGACCGAGGAGGUCAUGGUCCCCCUGCAGCUCCCGGAGAAGCCCACGAAGGCGACGCAGAUGGACGAGGACAGGCACUACUGGGGGCGGUAUACGGAGUACUACCGGAAGCGAGCCAAGUUCGGGACGGAGUGCGGCCGCUUCUUCGAGGAGCUCAAGGGCCCUUCGGCCAAGGAGCUCCUCGCCAGCUGGAACCGCAUAGCCUACGGGGCCAGCUCGCUCGCGAAGGACAGCUACCGGGCCGCGGCCGUGAAGCUCGUGGAGUACUUCUGCCGGAUCGGUUGCGAGCUGGCUCGGCUCAUCAGGCAGAAUCGGGACGUGCUCGCGCGUUGCAAGGAAGAGUACGAGGAGAUGGUCGAGUGGUUGGGAACCGUCUGCGUGCAGCACCUGCGCACGUACAUCAGCAAAGUUGAGGCGGACCCUCACCUGGGCGGCGCCGACCGCAGAGCGUACCUGCACAAGUUCCAGCUUCUGCUCGUGACGCUCUCCGAGUGGAAGCUCGGGGAGGCAGACACGCCAGUUUUGAUGGGGAGCCAGCUGGCCAUCGAGGGCAAGGACGAGGAGAGCCAGGCGGGCGCGCACGACGAAGAGGCCGAGGCCUACGACAGCUACUCGCUCCUGGUGCACGAGUACAUGCUGUCGGCGGCGUGGCUUUCUGGCAAGGACACGAGCAGCGCUGUGGAGGCGGCCCUGUGCCGGUCACGGCCGAAGGUGCUCGCCUGGGCGGAGGACAGGUCGCGGAAGCUCGACGGGCUCCUGUCGCAGAUCGUCGCGAUGGCGCGCGGGCAGGCCUUCACGGCGUGCCUCGCGCUGCCCGAGUGGGGCCCGAAGUGGGCGCCGGCCAAGGCCAUGGAUCCGAUUUGCGAGCAGACCUUGGAGUCGGCUCACCCGAUGACGGGAGGAAUCUCGACCGUCGACGUGGUCAGCUUCCCAGGAGCCCCGUACAUCUCGAUCACUUUCGACGCUUUUACCGACCUAGACGAGAACAGCACGCUCAUGUUCUACAAGGACGCCGCCUGCCGCGAGGCCGUCCCGAACUGCGAGGUCAUGAGCGGGAGCGCCUUGAGUGGAGAUUGGCCUGGUAUAGCUGGCAAGCAGACUCUGAACGUGUUCGCCGAGACUGUCUACUACAAGGCAGUUGCCGCGGUCGGCUCCGAGGCGUGGGGGUUCAAGUUCCGGGCGACCGCCCCCGUGAGCGAGGACGGUUGCGCGAGGCUGGAGGAGUACGCCAGCAAGAUGCACAUCGCUGAGCUGGCGCUGGCGGAAAUGCAGAACGACGUGGAGCGGGCCCAGAGUUACCUCAUGCGCAGCUGCCAGCAGCUGACCGCGAAAGCGAAGAGUCUGCAGGAGGCGAGCAGCGGGGGGCUCUUCACAGACGAGACGGAGAGGGAGCAGGUGAGCCUGCAGACGGGCGAGGUCUUCUUCGACAACAAGCCCCCUCUGGCCGUGCCGACGAGACUCCGGGAGACGGCCGACUUCCAGGCCGUGUUCGGCGACCUGCAGCCCCGGUGCACCGUCGUGGAGGACUCGUCCCACAGGGUGUGGUACCAGGUUGCUGACAACACCGAGGGCAGGGCGGCGACCUACAUGCUACGGCAGUGGAAGAGCAGAGAGAGCUGCUACCUCCAGGGGGGGGACGCCACCGAUCCGGCGCAGGACGACAAGAAGAAGGACAGCAAGAAGAAGGAGGAGACUCCGUGGGGCCCCGCGCAGGUCGACAAGUUCACGUUUGCGCUGCUCACGGAGCAGGGGUGGCCUGGCUACCCGCGGCUUGUACAGGAUCAGGGACGGCCUGGAGAAAAUACCAAGCUGAGGUACCUGGACAGCACGUACGAGCGCAUGCAUGAGCAGGACAUCGAGGAUUCGCGCAAGAAAAAUCGCGUGAUGGGGCGCAUCCUCCAGAUCAUCACGUGGACGCACCCGCAGCAGAAGUCGGGCGACAAGAAGGUGCCCAUGAAGAAUUUGUGGAAGAUUCUGUUCAGAGAGGCGACCAAGGAAAACCCGCGGCACCUGAUGUACAUCCGGCCCCCAGACGGUUCCAUGGGGGCCUUCGUCCACAUCGUAUACCACGACACCCUCGACGUCAUCGAGUUCUUUGGCAUUUACGAUUCGGGGAGGAGGGCUUGCCGCAGGCUUGUGUGCUCGAGCAACUUCAGGCUGUCGCUGGCCAUUCCGCCGGAGGACGCGCCUCCAGCCCGAACGUCCGACGGCGGCAUGCCCUUCAUCAAGGGCAGCCCCUUCUCGCCCCUCUACAACGGGAGCGGCCAGAAGGUGGAGCAGCCAGAGUCGGUCGUCAUCGAGCGGUCGCUCCUGCACUCGAACACGACGCUCGAGAGGCUCCUGCAGGAGCAGGGCGACGCGGCCGGGCAGGGCCCCGCCUUCCUGCCCGCAGGGCUGCUUCCGCUGCCGCCCUUCCCUACGAGGGGCUACGAGGGGGAGGACGCCGGGUCCGAGAGCAAGGACGUCGAGAUCUACUGCCAUGGAGACCUCUUCGGGAGCAUCCCAGAGUCGCUGCGCGUCGGGUACGAGUUCUGGCGCCGGGGGCCCAACACGAUCAUGGGGUACCCCAGGAGGUUCGACGAGAAGGCGUACAAGGAGCAGAACAGGGCCAUUCCCUGGUGGGCGGGCUCCGCGGUGAUCAUCAGCAUGGGGGGCAAGGAUGGGUUCCAGUCCGACGACACCGCGUCGCCCCUGGAGGUCGAGACUCAGAUAUACCGGGUGCCGUGGAGGAAUCUGGAGGAUUCCGACGGGUGUGCGGGCCUGAAGGUUGCCUCGAGGCCCCUGGUCCUGCUGAACUUGAUGGCACCGCCCAAAGGCUCGCUGCUGGAGAGCGUCGCAAGGCUCCUGGCGAGGAUGGAGCUCCUGAGCCACGCGCUGGUCUGGUCCUCCACGGUGGAGGCCAAGAGCUCCGGCGAGAGCCGCGAGAUCAGCUUCAUUCAGCUCCCUCGCCUGGGCCUGAACUUCCUCCUCCGCACCGUGGAGGGCGAGCCCCGGCUCGAGUGCGCGCAGCGGUCGGGGAUGUACAUCAAGGCGAGGCUGCCCCAGGAGUCGUCGCUCGACCGGCUGGGGAUCCUGAGGCCCUGGUGGCCAUACAUAUUGCUGGAGAGCGGCAGCGGCAGGACGGACGUCCUGAUGGCCAACUACAAGUGGGACAAGAUCCAGCUGCCGAGUAAUCCCACGUUUGCGCGCUGCACGCCGAUCGAGGACGGCAAGUGGCGUGAAGAGUUCAAAGACAAGUUCUUCGUCUAUUCGGUGCACCCGAGCUGUGCGUACCUCGUCGGCACCCCGGCCCAGCUGCUGUUUCCGGUCUACCUGCAUCUCAUGUCCCGGGAGUACGGUGCGGCGCACCAGUUGGUUGGCUACACGUUCGGGGAUUCCACGGGCCAGGUGGAGGAUGACGACGCCAGCAGGAAGGACGCCGAGAUCGCGUACCGUCGUAGAAUCACUGAGUGGAUCAGAGGGAUCAAGGAGAGCGGGAAUGAGAAGGCUCACGUCCGCAUUGCGGACAUGCAUUCGUUCCUCAUCAGGCUGGACCUCGCGGCCGCGUGGGUCAACGAGAGCCUCGAAUCAUACGCACUGAACUUCAGGUCCUACCUCGAGGUGGUGCAGGCCGGGAAGGUCAGCGCAGAAUGCCGCGUGCCGAUCGAUCAGGAGCUCGUGUGGCUAUCCCAGUACAAGGACAGCUGCAAGGACGUGAAUAGCCCGUUCCCACAGGACUUCGAGUACCGUACCCGCCUCAUGAACGCGCAGAAGUUCGGCGACAGCCAGUUCGAGGUGGAGCUGGACAGGAGCGCACUCCAGAAGGACGGCGGGAAGAGCAUCGGCGAUAUUUUCGCCAAGAGCGCCGCAAACCUGGACGACGCCCUGACGCGGCUCUCCAGGACACCCCCGUCCCAGGCGCCGUACCAGCUGGUGGCGGCGAAAGCGGAGAAGGAGACGGAAAAUGAGGACGAUGCUAAGCCAGAGCAGGUCAAGCUCACGUGGAAGCAGGCGGCCCCGGCAGACGGCGAGGCCACGAUCCUCGGCUGGCGCAUCUUUGGCAAGGUCGCCGGCGAGGGCCUGGACAGCGCCUAUGCCCGCAGGAAGGAGCAGAGGAGGCUGCAGCACCUGGAGUACGAGAAGCGGAUGCUGGCCCUGGGCAUGGUGCCGCGGAGGCUGGCGGACAGCUCCCAGGACGAGGGGGGGGGCGGGGAGCUGAGGUUCAAAUUCUCCCUGAGGCCAGAGCCCAGAUCCAGCGACCAGGCCGCCCUAGAUGCCCUCAACGGUGGGCGGCCCGACGGGCAAGACGAGGGGCACUUGAGGUUACUCUCCGCGGCCAGGCAGGCCACAGGGCUGGAUCCGCCAGGGGACGAGUUCGCGCAGUGCGGCCAGGUCUGGGAGCAGUACGAGACCGUGGCCUGGAGCAGGUCACCGGACCACCCGUCCUACGUUGCGUGCGCUCCCGCGAGCGGCGACUCGACCAUCGGCAUCUGCCGCACGGACGGCCGUGGGCACGAGAUGUGGGAAUAUUGCAGGUCGGCGCCCUCGCUGGGGUGCAACGGCCUGGGCAAGCUGUGGUUCGUGUUCUGCUCGGAUCUGCAGCGGCAGACCGCGCCCACGCCCGCGCCCACGGCUGUGAUGCCAGGCGGUGCCCCGGGUGGUGCCACGGCGCCGAAGGGGCUGGUGGUGGCGACGAUUCCGCCCACGCAGGGGCCCACAGUGAAGCCCACGGCGGCGCCCAGCGCAGCGCCCACGCCGCUGCCCACCUCGAAGCCCACGGCGGCGCCCAGCCGCGGCGCCCACGCCGCUGCCCACCGCGAAGCCUACGGCGGCGCCCAGCGCAGCGCCCACGCCGCUGCCCACCGCGAAGCCCACGGCGGCGCCCAGCGCGGCGCCCAUCACCACGACCGCCAUCCUGGAGCCUACGCCGUCCCCCUCCGGGACCCCCGCUGA